AUGACUCCAAACGUUAUUACCGAAGCUCAUUCCCACUCAUUCGGUUCUCGAAUGACUAUGGCUCAAAGAAAAGAGGCACAUGAAUUGAGAAAGACUCUCAAGCCAUUGAUGGAAAAAAGAAGGCGGGCUCGCAUUAACGAGAGCCUCAAUCAUUUAAAAACACUUAUACUCCCUCUGGUCGGCAAAGACGCUUCACGCUAUUCAAAGCUGGAGAAAGCUGACAUUCUCGAAAUGACUGUGCGGUUCCUCAGAGAUCUGCCUUCCUCAUCAGCUAAAGGUCAAACAGACAGCUAUAAAGAGGGAUAUAAAGCCUGCUUGCAGCGCAUCUCUGCGAUGCUGCCGCAGGCUAACCUCGAGACAGAAACGCGUCAGCGCGUCAACGAGUUCAUCCAGCACUCGAUGGUGUCUGCGACGUCCUCCUGCCAGAACUGCUGUGCUCAGAACUCCAGAAUGAUUUCACAAAUGCACCAUAGACUUGUGAGCUUCAGGAACAGCAGCUCUGCCACGGAGAACCACUCCAUCAGUACCGCGUCCGCUCCCAGUCAACCUCGGCUUGUGCCACAGGCAGCUGUGGACAUGUGGAGACCGUGGUGA